AUGACUCCAAUUACGCCAAAAUGUCACCAAGAACGUUCGCCAUUUUUAUAUAGUUUUAAAGGUUCCACGGAUUCGCCUAAUAUCGACGUUUUCGACACUCUUGCCACUACUCUAAACGAAUCAAAAUGUGAAACCCUUUCUCGGGCGGAUAUUUCUAAGAUUCUGGACACUCUUGAACUUGAUGCUCCUUUGGUCGAUUAUUUGGUUGCACACGGAGCCAUCUCAGCGGACACAGCAAAGCACCUUUUGUACUGGGACUCUUACUCAGAGGGUGCCAUUUCAAAAACGGAUACAUUGUUAAACUGUCUUGAAAUAUUCGACGAAUCCGUUGACUAUCACACUGUUGCGCAGAAUCCGAAGCUGACUUUGCUCAUCAACGCCCUGAGAAGUACCGGACAGCACGCCUUAGCGAGUCGCCUGGAUACUGGACCUCGAAUUCUGCCAUCACGUUUUACCAACUCGCCUGGGACGAAGAACAGGGAAUAUGAAUCUACGGAAGAUGUCGAAUUAGACUAUCGCUACGGUACCGUUUGUCCAUGUGAUAUCACCAUCGUUCCCAAUGGUAUGGCCAAACUCUCGAAUUGGGGAUUCAUGUUACUACUGGUUGAAACUGUACCUCUUAAUGAGUCUCGUCUCCGCUAA